UGUAGUUAAAAACAACAAUUCAACAUGGCCGAAAAUAAGCUUGUGCUUCUGUUUUUUUGCGCAAUCUAAUUUCGUAAAGCGAUUUAUAUUACGUCAAAUUACUUAUUUAAAGUGGUAAAAAUGCGCCGUAAAAGAGAAAGAAGUGCCACUGCGAAAUCUAAAGCAUCGCCGGAAAAGAAGAUAGAGAAGGUUAGGCGCACGAGAGGCAGGCGCAGAAAGCAAUCUACAUCCUCUGGAAAUGACUCUAGUGAGGAAACUAUUGCCGCGUUGGUACCAGAAAAGGUAAUUGAACCCGCUCAAAGCGAGGAGCCACCAAAUAAAGAAGAAAGUCCACAAGAGACACAAGAUCAAGUGUGGCAAGUUAAAACUACUGAAGGAUCUGGUGAUGGAGGUGAAAUACAAAAAUUAAAAAUUUGCUUAAAACGUCCUCCUUCAACUCCAGAGGCGGGAGAUAGGUCUCCGCGAAGUAAGAGGAAACAUACUAGAGCUACUAGUUCUAGUGAUUCAACGAUUGUUGACACACCAGAUGAGAAAAAGAAGACUAGAUACCGCACGAGGCGCUCAGCAUGCGAUUCAAGUGAAACCUCUGAAAAAGGUAAUGAUUCAGAAAUGAAUGUACAGAAAGAAAGUGUAGUUGUAGACAGUGAUGCUGCCAAAAAAACAGAGGAACCAGAAAAAGAACAAGAUGUACAAACUGAAUCUACUUUAGUAACUAUUGUAUUAGAAGAUGAUUCCGAGUCUAAAGACGCUCCAACUGAAUCAAGUGAAAUCAUAUCUGAAGUUAGUAAAUCUGAAAUGAGUGAUGAGGUAACAAUUGUAUUAGAUGAGGCUGAGAAGGAAGAAAAUGAUGUUAAAACCAAAGAUUCAGUAACAUCAGAGGUGUCACAGGAGCCAACUUCUAGUGAACUGACAACUGAAACAGUGGAAGUAAAACAAACUUUGACUGAGGUAGAAAUAGACUCAAGUGCUGUAAAGGAAGACUCAAGUGAAGACAAAGAAGUGGUUCCUCAGGUAAAAGAAAGUUUGAGUAAGGUACAGAAUGAGUCAACAACUGGCGAAAUUGUACAAAGUGUAGUUUGCUCAAAAAUAGCUGAUACUUCCAUGUCGGAAACAUGCAGCUCUACAGUAGAUGAAGUUCAUGUAGAGAGCAAACCAUCUGACAAUGAUUCGGAUGUAGAUUGCAAGCCAUCUGACAAAAUUUCAGAUGUGGAAAGUAAACCAUCUGACAAAAUUUCAGAUGUGGAAAGUAAACCAUCAGACAAAAAUUCAGAUGAAGAAAGUAAACCAUCUGACAAAAUUUCAGAUGUAGAAAGUAAACCAUCUGACAAAAUUUCAGAUGUAGAAAGUAAACCAUCUGACAAAAUUUUAGAUGUAGAAAGUAGACCAUCUGACAAAAUGUUGGAUUUAGAAAAUAAACCAUCUGACAAAAUUUCAGAUGUAGCAAAUAAACCAUCUGACAAUAUUUUAGAUGUAGAAAGUAAACCAUCUGAUAAUAUUUCAAAAGAAAGUGACUCAAAUAAUGAAAGUAUACAAGAAAAACAUGAUGACACAAGUAACCUAGAAAAGGAUAUAACGCAAGAAGGCAGUAUGGCAUUUGAUAAAUCAGAUAUACUUGAAAUACAUGCUGAAGAAAGUAAAGCUGAUAUUUCUGAUGCAGAGAUUACUGAGGCUCAGAAUGAUGUUCCUGAAAAACAACCAGAGCCAGCAAUAAACCAGGAGUCGCAGGAUAAGGUAAGUAAAUCUGAAGAUAAAGUGGUGGAAAGUGUUAAGGAAAAUGGAGAGCCACCUCACAAUGAAAUAAAAUUGUCAACUAAUGAACCUGAUGUUGUAGCACAAAUGGAUAAUUUAGUUAAGGAAAGUUCAUCUCAAGAACAAAGUGAAAAUGCAGCUGUUCUGAAAAAAGUUCCCGAACGAUCGGAAUCUUCACAAGUGAAUACUGAAGCAAGUACUAAUUCAAAUAUUGUUAUUAAUAGAAAACGUAGGUGGGGUUCCCGUCCUAAAUUGACUACGCAAAAGUCAAUAACAAUCUCUACAGAUGUGCUUAAGGAAAUAAUACCAGACGUGAAGCCAGUGGAGUUUGAAGAGGUUAUUGAAGAAAAGAAACAAAAGCGAUUUGAGGUAGCAGAAAAGAUAGAGAGACCAAUAUUGCCUAAAAUUGUUAUUGACAACACAGAAAACGUUGAGCUUAAAAGAAAUCAAGAAAAAACUGAGGUUAACAAGCCAGUUAAAGAAAUAAAUAAUUUAACUUCAAGUAGGAAGAUCUCUAUUGUCAAGGAUUCUGAAAAUGCUGCAGUGAUAAGACCUCCGAGCCCCCCGAAACAUAAACAGUCUAAUAUAUUGUAUAUAACUAACUUGGUAAGGCCAUUUACAUUAUCACAACUGAGGAAUUUACUGCAAAGAACUGGACGGAUAACUGAAAAUGGUUUCUGGAUUGAUAAAAUUAAAUCAAAAUGUUUUGUCAUAUAUGAAAAUGAAGAUCAAGCAGUAGAAACAAGACAUGCUCUUCAUGGAGUGACAUGGCCAGUGUCAAAUCCUAAAACAUUACAUGUAGAUUUUUCUACUCAGGAAGAUUUUGACCAAGCAAAGAAUAAUGAAGAAAAUGAGAACAACAAAGUGACAAGCAUACCCGGCACAGUAGAGGAUUGGCUGCGAGAACAAGAUAUGAAAAGAGAAAAGGGAGAAUUGGAAAGGCCAUGGGAGCGUAAGACUACGCGCGAAUGGGAUCUAGGCAAAAAUGACAAAAACAAGGAUAAAGACAAAGAUAGGUUACAAAAAGACGAACGGCUUCUGGAAAAAAGAAGACAUCAUACACCUGAAAGGAGUCCUGAACCAGCAAAGAAAUUUAAGAAGAAAGAGGAAGCACCCGCAAAACUAUUGGAUGAUCUAUUCAAAAAGACUAAAACCACUCCAUGCAUUUACUGGUUGCCUCUGUCGGCUGAAACGAUUGCAAUAAAGGAGGAGCAAAGACGUCAGCAUAUGGCCGAGCACGAAAGGCGGCUGCAGGAACUGCGCCGCGGCUCGCACCGCAGACAUUAUGAUAAAAAUAUAUGCACAUUACGAGGUCCGUGGUUUGUUUGGGCUGUGUUGGUGGCAUUCGCGGUAGCGCAGAGCCCAUUUACUCUGGAAGAAUUCGUAAGAGGCCAAUUUGCGCAGAGGGCAUUUAAUGGAACAUGGAUUUCAGACACGGAGUUCACUUACACAAUCUCAGGAGAGCCUGGUAUAUACGUAUUUGACGUUACGACACUAAACCGAAGUGUUUUAGUGUCAGGAGAAUUGAUGGCUUUCCUGAACACCAGUAAUCCUAUAUUAUCCGCAGACAGACAAUACAUUUUAGCGCCUAGUGAAGUUCAAUCUGUUUACAGAUAUUCCACAACAGCUCGUUUCGCCCUUUAUGAAAUAGCUACCGGAAACGUAACAUAUAUUGCAAACCAUCAGCGUCUUCAGUUAUGUAUUUUCGGCGGUGGUCAUUCUCUGGCCUAUGUUUUGGACAAUAACGUCUACUAUCUCCCUGAGGAUUCCGCACAAGCUAUACAAAUCACCAGUGACGGAAUACCGGGAGUUAUUUACAAUGGCCACACUGAUUGGGUAUACGAAGAGGAUGUGAUGUAUACUGGACAAGCGACGUGGUUCUCCACCGAUGGCUCGUACUUGGCAUUUGCCAGCUUUAAUGACACUGAAGUCGAGGCAUAUUCGUAUUAUUACUUCGUAGAUAAGACUGACCCUGAUGAUCUUUAUCCAGAACUGUUUGAUCUGAAGUACCCUAAGGUUGGUCGUACUAACCCCACAGUUAACUUGCGUCUGGUGAAUUUGACGGAUCUCGUAAUUACGAACCAAGUGCGUUGGGAGACCCUGUCCCCGCCGACUGCGGUCACGGAAGACCACAUCCUGGGUGGCGUGCUGUGGCCCACAGCCAACGAAGUUGCUGCACACUGGCUUAACAGACGACAGAAUUAUACUGUGCUAAGGAUUUGCAAUGUUGAUACUGGAUUUUGUGAGGAAGAACACCGUCAGCAGCCAAAUGGUUGGGUUCCUAUUGCAUUGCCUCGCUUCAGUAGAAAUGGUGAUUUCUUCGUCUCCACUAGAUGGUCCCUCGAGCAGGCGGAUGGUAAAAUAUGGCAACACCUCUACGUGAGCAUCCGCGUAAAUGGACAGAUCAUAUCCAGCUCUAUUACUCCCGGUGGUUUUACUGUCAAUAAUUACGUUGGCAUGGAUGAGGAUAAUUUGUCCUAUUACUACACGCGCACGGUGGCCGGUGCACCGUGGCAAUCGCAGGUGCACGUGUCGGGAGCGCGCGCUGAAUGCCUCAGCUGCAACAUUCAGCUGCCGGACGGCGGCCGCUGCACCUGGGCUACCGCCACCGCCAGCCGCGGCGGCUCCUACCUCACCAUCACAUGCUCCUCCACCAAUGAACCCUCCGCCACAUACAUUGUUGACCCUUUGAAUAAUCGAGUGCUAUUCACCUGGGAAGACAAUGCUAUAGUUCGCGAGCGUCUGACAGAAAAAAUCCGACCGAAUAGCAUGAUAUUCACAGUGCCAUUGGAAAAUGGUUACCCUGCACCAGUUCGUCUCUGGCUACCUCCCGGCUUGGACAUUAAUGAUACCAACACAACAUACCCGAUGAUAUAUUACGUGUACUCUGGUCCUAACACAAAUACUGUAUUUGAUACUUUCACUGUUGGUUACUUCUCGUAUUUGACAACAAGCCGCAAUACAAUUUAUAUGUUGGCUGAUGGCCGUGGCUCCGGUCUCAACGGCCAGGACAUAUUAUACUCUCUCAACAACGCUUUGGGAACUGUUGAAGUUGAGGACCACUUUGUCAUAUUAAGACAAGUGCUCGACCGCUAUGCGUUCAUCGACCGGCAGCGCGUAGGCAUCUGGGGCCACAGCUACGGCGGGUACGCCACGCUGCUCACGUUGGUGCAUGAUGAUGACCAUCUCUUCCAGUGCGGGGUCUCUACCGCCCCCGUCACCUCAUGGCUCUAUUACAAUACGAUGUACACGGAGCGUUACAUGGGGCUACCGACAGCGGAGGAUAACCUGUCAGGGUACGAGGCAGGGGACGUGACUUUACUGGCAGAGAAGCUGCGCGGACACGACUUCUACCUGAUGCACGGCAAUGCUGACGACAACGUGCACUACCAGAACGCGGCCAAGCUCAUGCGGGCGCUGCAGGAACUCAACAUACCCUUCGAGCAAAUGUCUUAUCCAGAUGAAGCGCACAGUUUGGCCGGAGUGAAUAUGCAUAGAUACGGAACUAUGAAUCGUUAUUGGGAGAAAUGUAUAGCUAUGCCACAAGAGCAAAAUUAAUUUUUAACUUCAUUAAGUUAUUACUGUUUGUACAAAUUAAGUUAAUAAAUAGAUUUGCAGCUAAACUCA